AUGUCUACGGACAUGGAAGUCGACCCAGCCCCUCCUGCGUCUGCAGACCCCAUGGAUGGCACUUCGUCUCCCACAGACACCAAGAAACCGGCCAACGCCGGCACCGAGGCGCGCACCAUUCAAAAUGCGGUCGCGGUGAGAAGUAUCGAAGGGUGGAUUGUGAUCGCGACGAACAUCCACGAAGAAGCGACGGAGGAGGAUAUUCACGAUUUAUUCGCCGAGUACGGCGACAUCAAGAACUUGCAUCUGAAUCUGGACCGGAGGACGGGCUACGUCAAGGGCUACGUCCUGAUUGAGUAUCCUACCCAAGUCGAGGCCCAGGCUGCCAUCAAAGCCCUGAACGGCGCGAAACUGCUCGAUCAAACCAUCUCGGUGGACUACGCUUUCGUUCGGCCACCACCCAAGGAUAAGGGUGGCCGUGGCGGCGGCAUGGCGAUCAAGGGACGCGGCGCAGGAGGAAGGGGUGGAAGAAGUCGAAGCCGAAGCAAGAGUAAGAGCAGGAGCCGUAGCCGGAGCCGGGACAGAGACAGGAGGAGAGAUCGCGACGAAGACAAGAUGGAGAGGGAUGGAUGA